CGCUUGUGUGGGUCUGGGAAGUGAGGAUUAAGGAUGGUGAAGCUGGGGAGUAAUCUAAGCGACAAGAACAAGGAGCCUUCUGGUGAGGAUGGCUUUCAGACUGUUCCCCUGAUCACACCCUUGGAUGUUAAUCAUCUGCAGUUCCCUGCUCCAGAGAAGGUGGUCGUGAAAACAAGAACAGAGUAUCAGUCUGAACAAAAAAACAAGGGUAAAAUCCGGGUGCCAAAGAUUGCUGAGUUUACUGUCAGCUUCACGGAUGGGGUGACAGAAAGGUUAAAGGUAACAAUCCUAAUAAGUCUGGCCCUUGCCUUUCUUGCCUGUAUAGUAUUCCUUGUGGUGUAUAAAGCCUUCACAUAUGACCACAGCUGUCCAGAUGGAUUUGUCUACAAGCAUAAGAGAUGCAUACCAUCUUCUCUGGAUGCUUAUUAUUCAGCACAGGAUUCCAACUCACGGGGAAGGUUCUACACUUUAAUCAGCCAUUACAGCAUGGCCAAGCAAACCAGCUCACGGUCUUUGUCUCCUUGGCUAUCUUCAGGAAGCACCAACCAUGAAGCCAAGGCAAGUAAAACAGAAGGUCAUUAGGAAGUCAUGUGAACAAGGAACAUCCCUGUCUCCAGGCUCCAGGGCAUGGCUGAGAUGACAAGCUACAUUAAGGAUGUUAAGCUAAAAUAAACUUGUGGGAGUUGUUGAAAGAAACAAGCAAAUCUUUCUUUUCGUGCAUUGUUAUUGUUUAUUUGUUACCGAGUCACAACUUUGUACAAAGGCAUGUUCAAUGUUGAUCGUUAACUUGCAAUGUAAAAAAAAAUCAGCUAAAAAUUUACAAACUUCUUGUAUAGCUUUUUUUUAAAGUCAUUGGCAAAUGUAUAACCAUGGAUCUCACUGUUAACUUACUAUAAGCUGCAGAAAUAUGCAACCAAGUAAUUAUUUGCUUUGAGCUCAUUUUCAGUAGGUAAAAUACCUGUUUGUUGAAUGAUCAUAGUUGCAAUAGAGGAAUGAAGAAAGCUUUAACCACUGAAGCAAAUUCUGUUACAGAACUACCAAGCUCCUGCCUCCUACCCACCCCCUGGAAGCAGAAUUGAAUAUAGGCCACAAGGUGCCCUACACUUACCCCUUGCCCUACGGCAGGCCUGCGCUCUGUGUGCUCUUGCACCCCUUAGUGCUCUUGCACUUUUUAUCAAGUCUAGGUAAAUGCCCCCUAUAGUCUUACUGACUCCUCCUACAGUUUCUAAUAUUUCCUUAACGGCACAAUAUAAAAAGGACAUAGACAAUGCCAUAUAAACACAUUGCUAAUCUUUAUCAAUAGAAGAAAGGCUUGCAAAACAAUGUUACCCAACGCAUUGCUUUUAAUCCGAGCUCCUUUUUUUGGUAGUAAGAAAUGUGAAGAGCUUUUAAAAAUGUGCUGUGCUACCAAGUGUACUCUCAUAAACCUUAGGCAAAGGUGUGGUGUGUGCUAUUCCAGAUUUCUAGUGCCAAAUCUUUCCUUUUCUGCUUUCUUUCAACUCUGUUUCACCUGUAAAUGUAUUGUCAUUCAACAAAAAACAAAACAAAAAAAUAUCACCCAUUGAAAUGUUUAUACUUCUGUGGUGUGUUUCUUGUUGGUAGCUAGCAAAGAAUGGAGUAAUUUUGGUGUGAUUCUUGCACUGUUCUUGACAGGACAGAAAUAAAGCUGGAAGUGUCAGAA